AUGGCCGCGGCCGGCCGCAGCGCGCCGAAUUCUCGCGCCGCUUCCGGUGCAGGCGGCGCACCGCGGCGAGUGGAUCUGAUGGCGCUGCUGGAAUCGUGGGAGAAGGAGCUGGGAACGUCGUCGGAUGAGGAGUCCGUUGAGGGCGGCAGGGUUCCGCGUUACGGCGCGGGGAGGCCACGCGAUGAAGGACAUUCCGCGAAUAGGAUUACCAGAUUCUCCUCGUUCAACGGUUCUUCCUACAACACGAGGACAUUUGCGGAAGGAUCGGCGGAGGGCGCCCCGGAGGGUUCGGCGGAGCGGAAAGAGGGUUUCAUGGCGCAAGGGACCGUGGCGGGAGGGGCAGCGGGGGCGGCAGGGGGGGCGGCGGCGACGGGGGCGACGACGACGUGGAAUCACAGCAGGGUGGGGAGAAUUACUAAAUGGCGGAAUGUCGCAGAUGCCGCUCCGACGAAUCCGGCCGACGGCGGACUCUCGGGAUCCUUCCGCGCGCGCGAAUUUCGGCGGCAGGCGUCGUUUGUAGAGCCCUCGCGCGCCGCCGCGAAGUCGCAGCCGUUCGGCGCGCCUAGUAACGGAUCACCGGAGCAUGCCUUUGUCGCGUACAUGGCUCAGCAGCGGUCCAGCCUGGAAGGCCUCGAAGACGCCGCGUCGUUUUUCUGCGGCGUCGCGCACCAGGCGCGCUCCGACAAAGUCGCCGCGGUAGCGAAUAGCGAGCUCGCUUUUCCAUCUACGGAUAAAAUCUCCUCCGGUGGGAUCGCGGGCCGAAAUGCCAUCCAGACGGCGUCUGACAAGGCGGGAGUGUUGGGAAGUUUCGCGGAAGCAGCGCUGCCCAUAGAUCCGCCGGAGGAGGUAAGCCGCGCGCUGGCGGUGCUGUCGCAAUGGCGUGCCAAGGCGCAGAGCGGACGAGGCGAGAGCGGGAGACAGCAAGGCGGCAGCAACGCCCAAUCGGCACCGUCCGCCGGUUCAUCGGAUAAGGUUGCUUCCGCCGCUCCCGCAGCGUCCGCAGCUUCCGCUUCUUUCUCAUCAGUGUUUCCUCUCUCGUCCGCCGCUUCCUCUCCCGCCAGCCCUUCCGCCCCCCCGCACUCUGCCACCUUCCCCCUUUCCCUCGCGGGUUCCCCCGGUUCCCCGCCGUCCGACUCGUCCCCCACCCGCACUUCAUCCACGUCAUCUUCCGCCGUCCCCAUUGCCGUUCCCGUUACGGAUGCCACGUCAGCAGCUGCUACCGCCCUCGCCAUCAUGCCAAUCAUGUCCAGGCACGCCCAUGCGCGGGGACUGGUCGGCGGACAAGCUCCGCUCAACGCGCGCGCGGACGGCACAGAUGGCGGGAGGUUGUCCGCUGGCGGGGAGUCGGGCGCUGACCCGUUGUCGGGCGCGCGGAGGGGAAGCGCGGAGGCGGAAAAGGCCGUUGAUUUCGCCAACCAUAGCGGCGGGAUUCAGGCUGUUGGUAGCCGAAGGGGGGGCUGGGGAAGCGCAGGGGAAUGCGACGAGGGGCAAGCGGGAAGAAUCGGGGGACUUGGGGGUGAGGUCGCAGGCGCGGGGAUGGUUCCCCCCCGCAGCCACGUGCAGGCGCUGCUGGAGGACGCGCGGAGCCGGCGCGAGGCGUAUCUGCGCAUCCGAAGCCACAGCGCCUCGCUUUCCGUGUCCCCAUUUACUUUCGCUCCUCAUGCACUCACUCCCGCGCCCGGCCCUCCCCCCGUUACUGCCACGCCCGCUCCAGCCCCAUCCCGCGUGCAAACGUUUUCCCGCCUAGACAUCCCGUUGUCUCCCCACUGCGUCUCGUCCACCUCCCCCUCCCCCUCGCCUUCCCCCUCCGCGUCCCUUCCCCCGCCGCUCGCCCUGUACGCUGGCGCGAACUCCCCCCCGCUCUCCCUCGCGCACAUUCAGCUGCUGUCGCAGAAGCGCGGAGGCGCUCCCGACGCAUCGGGGGGCGGAGAAGCCGGAGAGGCAGGGGAAGGUGGGGGGACGGGAGAAGGGGGGGAAGGGGAUGCUAGUUCCGCGCUAUCCCAGCGUCACAUCCCCGCCUCGGCUUGCAUCGCGGCCGCCUCUACGGGCGCAACUGGCGGAGGGUUGGGCGCCGCAGACGGAACGCUGAGCGCAACAGGCGGAGCGGAGGCGGUGCAGGCGUGGCGGCACGGGGAAGGGCAGGCGCAGAGGCGCAGCGGCAUUCCGCCUCUGUCCCCGCGGUCGUCCGCACCACUGGGGGUCACGGUCUUUGGCGCGCGGGGAAGGCCGGCGCAGAAGCCAGAUGCUGCGCGGAAUCUCUUAGUCUCGCUCUCCCCCUCUGCCUCCUCCCCCUCGCCUGCUUCCCCCUCCGCCUCCCCCUCCCCCCGCGCGCUCCUCCCCGGUGGUGCUUCCCUCGCGCGGAUCCCCAUCAGCCCACCUGUUUCCGCCGGCAGCCCGCGCUGCACCAGCGGGGGCGCAAGCGGAGGCGGAAGCGGAGGCGGAAGCAGUAUCUUCAGUGUGGGGAAGAACAGGAGCAGCAGUGGCGGCGGUGGCGGCAGAAUUACGAGCAGCGCCAGCAGCGGCGCCAUUAGCAGCAGCAGCUAUACCGGCGAGAUGUCUUCUGGCCGCAUUCCUGUGAGUCGAAGCUUCGAUCUCAGCGCCAUUCGCGGGCGCGGCAGCGGCGGCGGCGGCGGCGACGGCAGGGACAGCAGCAGCGGAGGCAGCGGGGGAGAGGGCGGGGGAAGAGGCGCGGGUGGUAGCGCGGGGGCGAGGGGGAGGCAGCGGGGAGGCGCGGGCAGGGAGGGGGCGAGCAGGGAGGUGAGUAAGAGCGUGUCGUGGGACAGCAAGGGCAUGGUAGGCGUGGGCUUUGGCAAGUGGUCAGGUGGUAGAGUGGGUUGUGCUGCCGCGGCGGAGGGGGAGGUGAGAGAAGGGAGGGAGGGGAGGGAGCAGCAUGGGGAGGCGUGGCAGCGGCAGCAGCGGAUAGGCAGGCGGUCGGUCGUCCAUGGCAUGGCCCAUGGUGUCGCGCGUAGUGCAGGCAGGGACGAGAAGCACUCACACUCUCACUCGCACUCACAGUCACACUCUCACUCACACUCCCUUUCACACGCACACUCGCAUACAGCUGUGAAGCAGAGCUUCUCCAGCCCGCUGCCGCUGCUGCACCCGGCGUCAGAGUCGUCUCACAAGCUGCCCCUGUCGCAUCCGCCUCCUUCGCCUGUCUCGCCUCCACCGCUCUCACCUGGCCCCUCUCCUCCGCAUUCCUCCUUCUCCGGCCCUCUCACCUCCUCCCCCUUCUCCGGCCCUCUCACCUCCUCCCCCUUAUCCGGUCCUCUUUCCUCCUCCCCAUUUUCUGGCCCUCUUUCCACCUCUCCCUUCUCCGGCCCCUCCCCCUCCUCCUCAUUCUCCGGUCCUCUCUCUUCCUCGCUCCCCUCCUCAUCGCCCUUCACUCGCGGCCUCGUUAAAGCCUCCCUCAGGCGCGCCCCCUCCCCCACCGCGCCCCACGAGUCAACCCAGUCAACGCAGAGGGCGCCCUCGCCUCGAGUGGGCUUCGAGUGCGGUCAGAAGGGUCCCUCCCCCCGCGUGCGAGACAGUGGCAGCACAGCCGCAGCAGCAGCCACAGGCACAAGCACAAGCACAGCCGGAGCUGCAGACGCAAGGAGCGUUUUGCCUGGGAGUACAUUGGUUGGCGAUGCUGCUGCUGCUGCUGGCGGCAGCACCACUGCUGGCAGCGCUGGCAGUGCUGCCAGCUGUCGCUUCCCGUCGAGCCGGUCCGUGGACGCUGGCAAGCCGGGCGCUGUUGGUGGUGCUGCUGGGGGCUCGCGCGGGCGCAGGCUGAUGAGGGGCGGCAGCGCGCAGGAGCGCGGGCUGGCGCGCAUAGGCGAGCGGGACGAGCCGUGGGGUGCUGUGCCUUCCUCUGUGUCGGAAUCAGCAGCCGGGUCCGUAUUGACUUCAGUUGCAGUAUCAGCAUCAGACGCAGUAGCAACAGGUGCAGGGGGUGCUGGGGCUGCGAGGGGUGCAGCAGGAUUGGGAGCGAUAGCGGAGGCAGCAGCAAGGAGCAGGGAGCAUGUGAAUCGGAGGGUGCAGAUUCCACACUCCUGGGGAGCCCUUCCGACCAUUCUGGUGCCCUCGCCCUCCUCCUCCUCCCCCUCCAUCUCCUCUCUCUCCUCCAUCCCUUCCUCCUCCUCCUUUCCGUCCUCCUCUUCUAUUCCCUCCUCGUCCUCCUCUAUCGCCUUCGCCUCCCCCGCUCUCACCAGUCAAUCCACAGUGGUGUCGUCAGCUGUCGCUGUUGAGACUGCUGUGUCUCAAAAGUCAUCCCCGGUGCUGCCCUCAGCUGUGGCACCUGAGAAAACACCCGAGGAGACAACUGAGGAUACACCUGAAGCAGCACCUGAAGCUCGCAGUGUCACUUCCGAGACGACUCACAGCAACUCCUCCUUCCUCCGACGGCCCGCCACCCCAUAUCUGUCUCCAGCUGCGGCACCUGAGGGAACACCUGAGGUGACACCUGAAGCGGCACCUGAUGUGGCAUCUGAAGCUCGCAGUGUUUCUUCUGAGGCGACUCACAGCAACUCUUCCUUCAUCCGACGACCAGCCACCCCGUACCUGGCUCCACCUGCCAUUACCGAACCAGCCGCACUCACCGAGCCUGCUGCCGCUCCCGAGCCUGCUGCUGAGGCUCGGGGAAGGGCAGGCGGGUUCAGCGAGCCAAUGAAGCGAGUGGUUCGGUUCAGCAAGGAUGGUUCGGUCCCUUGCAACGAGCAUCAGUCCCUUUCAGGCUCUUUCCCUGCUGUUGCUCGCUCUCAGGGGGGUGGCCGCAGCUUCCGCUCCUCUGCUGCUGCGGGUGCUGGUCAGCAGCAGCAAAAGCAGGAGCAGGAGGAGGUGGAGGAGGAGGAGGAGGAGGAGGAGGAGGAGGAGGAGGAGGAGGAGGAGGAGGAGGAGGAGGAGGAGGAGGAGGAGGAGGAGGAGGAGGAGGAGGAGGAGGAGGAGGAGGAGGAAGCAGGAGUGGAGAGGGCAAGGCGGUACGUGCUGCGGCGGCCGUAUGCAAACGUGCAUGCGGCCUACAGCAUGGAAGAGGAAGCAGAUGGAGCAGAGGGAGCCGCAAUGGCAGCAGCGGUGGCAGCAGGGGUGGCAUGUGAAGUAAGGGCAGUGGGGGUGGUGGAGCGGGUGUGCAGGUGCAGGAGGAGUGGGAGGCAGUACCGGUGCCGCACCCUGUGCAAGGCGACACUCAGGAGUGCAGCAGCGGUGGAGGUGGUGGGGCGGAAGGUGGCCAUGCUGGAAAUGGUGCGGGGGGCGCCACAUGUGGUUACCAUGCUGCACGCGUUUGAAGACACACAGGCCGUCCACAUGGUAUUGGAGCACUGUCCCGGAGGCAGCCUCGCCGACCGCCUGGCCUCCUUCCGGGCCUUCUCCGAGCCUGACGCCGCGGCUGUGGUUCGGCAGGUGGCGGCAGGUCUGGCGGCAUGCCAUGAGAUGGGGGUGGUGCACCGGGGGGUGAGAGCGGAGGCUGUGUUGCUGAUGGGGCUAGAGGGGUGUCCUGUGGACGUGCGCCUCUCUGGCUUCCAACACGCCACCUUCUUUGAACCAGAGAGUGUGUUGCUGAUGGGGCUAGAGGGGUGUCCUGUGGACGUGCGCCUGUCUGGCUUCCAACACGCCACCUUCUUUGAACCUGCUAUCAGUGGCGCGCAGCCGGAUGGGGAGUCGCUGCCGCCCGGAGCUGUGCCGCCCGGUGUGCUGCCGGCCGGCGUGGAGCUGCCCGGUGCAGGGCGGUCCGGGAAGGGCGUGGUGUCAGCACCGUCGUCUGCUGCAUCUUCACCCGGGUCGGCGUCCUCCCAGUGCUCUCCCUCUUUCAAUCUGUCCCCGCCUCCUGUCGCCACUUCAGCUGCUGCUGCUGCAGCAGAGGCAGUCACAGGAGGGCCAGAGGGGGUGUGUGGGGAAGGGGAGAGGCAGAGCACGGAUGGGCAAGCGGCUGUGUCACAGGCACGAGUGGUGGGUACGGAGUCAGUAUCACAAGCAGCUCCCAGUGCGCCUGGAGCAGGCACCAGUGGGGCAAAUGGGAGUGGGUGUGAUGUGAGUAGUGGUGAUGGAGUCACCGGGGCGGAGGGUGAGGUGGAGGCGGGUGUGUGGCAUGUGCAGCUGUCGCCUCCAGCGGUUGACCUGCUACAGCGCAUGCUGGAAAAGGAUCCUGGGAGGCGCAUAGAGCUGCACCAGGUGCUGCAGCACCCCUGGAUUCAACAACUGUGA